AUGUGGCUAAGGCUCGUUGUAACCGCCCACAUCACGUCCGACGAUGACGCCGCAAAAACGAUACAUGUGAAAAUAGUUCAUAAGAAUAAACAAACAUCUAUUCAACUAGUUUUCAUGUUCAUGAGCUAUGCAUCGGAAUAUAUCGAGCGUCUCGGGAAUAUACCCCGGAAUCGUCGAGGCAUGUCGGCACGACCGGUGGCAGGUGCCGUCGGUCACGUGCAAUUGCAACUAAAAGACAGAAACAUUGCGAAGCUUCCGAAAUGU